GUACGCGCAGGGUAAGGCGAGCAGUAUGGCGGAAGAAGAGGGAGACCUGGAAUCAGAAAGGUUUAAAAAACAAUUAGGGAGUUUAUUGAACUGCCGCACUAGCGACGAAUAUGGAACACAAAGCAAGGACUACUGUGCUAGAUUUUGUGAGCUGGUGGAGGAGCAGACGGGGCGAUGGCAGGUGCCCUUACCUCAGCUCCAGGUGCUGCGGACAGCUCUCUGCUGCUUCGCCCGCGACACGGCCAGCUUCCCGUCCGACUGCGAACACGUCCGCUAUGCCCUGAGCAGCCUGGCCCUGAGUUUCUUUGAGCUGCUGCUGUUUUUCGGGAAGGAUGAAUUCCUCGAGAGUCCUCUCAAAGAGAUCCUUGAAUCUUUUCAGGAAUGUCAAACCCGGCUGCUGAGGCACAAGAACGUGUACCUGCUGCUGCUGAGGCAGGUGGUCAAAGACGGCGGCCCCUGGGAGCACCCGGUCCUGCAGGCCAUCCUGGGACAGACGGCACCGCCGCGGGAAGAAGUGGAGCGGUAUUUGAGCUCGGAGGUUCCGGUCUUUUUCGAGCUGAGGGUGCGUUACCUGCUGGCCUGCGAGCGCAUCCAGGAGGCCGUGGCUCUGGCCAAGGGCUGCAUGGAGCAUCCGGACACGGGGAGGCGCCUCUACUUCCACCAGGCCUAUCUGACCUGCCUGCUUAAGGCAUCGCUCUACGAUCACCUGCAGAAGGAGAUAGCCGAGAUCGAUGGGAAGGACGCCGUGGAGAUCAUAUGCAACAGCGAGAACGAGGAGCGGGACGACUUGCUCUUAGCUCUGAGCCGGGCCUUCCUCACGCAGCAGCUGCAGAACGGAGACAUGUACUACAUUUGGGACCUCAUUUUUAUAUGGAGCAAAAUUCACCUCAGGGCAAACCCCUCCAAGCAAGACUUCCUGGAGGAAUGCCAUCAGCUGAUGCUGUCUGCGACGAAUGUAAAGUCCAUCUUCCCCUUCAUCAAGGUCAUCCGAGCUGAAUUGGGGAAUGAAGGCUUGCAGUUCUGCGUGGAGUUGUGCGGCCGUGCCCUUCAGAUGGACCUGCACCAGGACCCAGUUAGCAAGUUGCUGAUCUACAAGACCCUUGCCUUCCUGCUGCCCAAUGACCUGGAAGUUUGUCGAGCCUGUGCUCUUCUGGUUUUCUUUCUGGAACGAACCGUGGAGUCCUACAAGACGAUGUACCUCCUCUACACCCACCCCGAUCAGGAGUACCAUGCGGACCACAGCUUGAUCAAGAACCACAUCCGCUUUGAGAUUCUUCAAAUCCUCAAGAAGGGACUGUUUUUCGACCCAGAAUUUUGGAAUCUAAUCACUCUGAGGACUAACUGCCUGAAACUUAUGAGUGAGAAAGUAAUGCAAAGCGCCCUAAAGGAAAUCACGGAGGAGGACAAAUGGAUACCAAAUGACUGUGUGAAAGAGCCGUCCAAAAUCAUCUUAGACACCCCGGUGUACCGCACAGACCGAGUGAGGAGUCGGCCUGAGAAAAGGUUCAAUAAGCCUGUAAUGAAACGCAUUGUGGUACCUCCUGAUGUGGUCGAGGUGUCGCUCGUUAAGAAAAGGGGCCGGAAGCCAGGGUCACGGGUUAUCAAAGUGACCGACGACUCUCAGUUGAGACGGUCCUUCAGGCAGCUGGACAUGGCUCAGGAAAACUCCAGCAGACAAAUCCACCAAAAACACGACAACAGGCAGCAGAGACUACUGGCCCGACAGGGGGAGAAGAAAACCCUGAAACGUCGUGGCAGGAAGCCCCGUUGGCUCUUGCAAGAGGUGGCCAAGCAGGCGGAGAACGGACCGGGACAGCCUGGGUGGACAAGACAACUUCCUACAAAUGCGGAGGUGGAAAUGAAGCUGCGUGACCGCAGCCCGGUGCAAACGGUCAACGACUCUGAGAAAGCGCAAGAAGUCUCCGUGGAGCAAACUAGCUGUGACAUCGAGCUUACCCCUCCGUCCCCGGUGGAAGAGACUGCAGAUGAUGAAACGGUCCUUCUUCAAGAAGAGGGAAUGCCCCUACUGGCUGCAGCCCUCCCUGACGACCCACUGCUGAGUCCUGUCCCGUUGACGAUGCUGGAAGUCAGCAUCCCUGACAAUGAAGUGAUGGACAUGUCCGCACUGGAGGUGGAAAUGCAACCACCGGCAGAUGUUGCUGCUUUUCAGGAGCCCAGUCUUGAGGACCAAGUCAGCGUGGAAGUAGUGUCCACAGUGGGACCCUUCACUGAAUGUGGUGACCGAGAAGAGGACUCUGUCGACAACCCGUCAGGUGACUCGUGGUGUGCGCCGCCACCGGUGGCAAGGAGUGAAGUUUUCCCGGAAUCUGCCGUCGAGGUUGACAAUGUUGUCAUACAACAGUUGCAUAAUUAUUCAAGAAAUCCAGAGGAAGAAAAUGUCCACGUUCCUGAUGCAGUGCCAGAAGAGUUGCCCACAGCGCCACAAGGGCAUCCUUCAGAAAGCACUGAGCCUGAGCAGAUGCUUUCAGGACAAGUCUGCGAGCUUCUGCCAGUCGAAGUAUCCCCCCUCUUACAGACUCCAGCUGGAGCGGCUUCAAGCAGUGAGGCUGAUGAAGCGUCAGACAGCAUGCCUGCGGCUGUUGAGGCUGUUGAGGAGGUAUCUGAAGCGGUUUGGCAUCAAGAAGUUAUUCAAGCCGAACCGAGCUGUGCGGUUGUGGAGACCUCAGUUUCGGACAACGUGAUCAGUGUUCCGGAUGAUGAGACCACCAUUCCCAAUGCCCCUUGCAGUGCUCCCCAACACACAAUCAGUGCUCUUGACGAAGCUGUCAUUGCUUGUACAGGAACUGACACCAUUGAAAACUUGGUUAAUGCAUUUAGUUCUGAUGACAUCACUGCUGACCCCAGCAAUGAAACUGUCCCUACAGUUGUAAUAGACCCCAGCACUGAAACUGUCCCCGACAACAGAACUGUCCCCAAAGGUGUACCUGACCCCAGUGUUGAAACUUUCCCCAAUGACAAAACUGUCCCCAAAGGUGUAACUGUCCCCAGCACUGAAACUGUCCCCGACAACAAAACUGUCCCCAAAGGUGUACCUGACCCCAGUGUUGAAACUUUCCCCAAUGACAAAACUGUCCCCAAAGGUGUAACUCUCCCUAGUGACGAAACUGUCCCCAAAGGUGUAACUCUCCCUACCGACGAAACUGUCCCCAACAAUAAAACUGUCCCCAAAGGUGUAACUCUCCCUCGCGAUGAAACUGUCCUCAAAAGUCUAACUGUUCCCAGUGAUGACACCGUCCCCAGUGGUGUAACUGAAACCAUCGCCAAUGAUGAUACUGUCCCCAGCAAUUCCGUUAACAAUGUCAUCAAUGAAACAGUGUCACGGACUGACGCUGCUCCUGAUUCUGGGCUGGACUCAGGGCUCCCCAUGGAAUUGUCGCAAACUGAAAUCAUAGAGCCAGAAAAGGUUUCCUCAGAACCGAAACCAGAACCUGUAUCUGGACUCGUGCUCGAUUCCCUGCAGAGCAAGGUUCUCGAAUAUCGUUGCCAGCUCUGCAACAAGGAAUUCAAAGGCGGAAACAUAAGGCGGCACGGCAUUGCUCACCUUCAGAGGGACAAGCUUAAGUGUAUGUUUUGCGGGAAACUGUUUAACCGUCCCGUCUCUGCGAAGAAACAUUUAGGGGCGCAUAUUCUGAAGUUGAGUUUGGACGCGGACACGAGUAGCGGCUUGGCUCCUGAAAACGGCACUCCCGUGACCCUGGAAUGUGUGAGACGGUCUUUAUCGAGAAGUGCCAAGCACAAAGUGAGGCCGAAGAAGAGAGCUCAAAAAACCGUUCCUUCAAAAAAAAGGAAAUGCACCCCGAAGUUGAAAGUCUUGCAGAAACUGGAGGAGGUAAGGGAGUCCAAUUCUGUCAAGGACAAAAAACCUGUACAGAAAACCAAUGGAUCCAUUGUGGAAGGAGAGCUUAAGUGUGAGAAAGAGGAGUACUCAUGUCCUGCAGAUGGUUGCACAAAGAAGUUUGUCAGGAGAGGGAUGUCCAUGAUCAAACAUGCACUAGCGUCCCAUCCCGGCGACAUAAAAGUCCAGGAGUUUGCCUUCAACUGGAGAAAGGGAAAGUGUGAGUUUUGCCAAAGAAUCUUUUGGAGUUUUCUUCAUUAUCAAGACCAUAGAAAAAGGCACGACCAUCCCCUGAGAUACAGCUGCCUCCACGUUGACUGCGACGACAGGUUCAAAACCAAGUCGGAACUAAGGGCUCACUUGAAGAGCCACCGACCACUUAAAGCCCGGUGCUCCUUCGCCGGCUGUUCUCAAACCUUCUGUCGGCUGUCCCAGCUGCAAGACCACGAAUGGCGGCAUUACCCGGCUCCCGACGCGGAGGACGACUCGUUGCGGGCGAUGCAGAUGCGCCGAAAGGUCGGCAGGGCAGCCGGCGGGAAACGGGCAGCCGGCGGGAAACGAAAAGCCGCCCCGGAUGACUCCGUGAAAGUACAGGACACGUCCGCGAAGCCGCAGGCCGCAGUUGUGCUGAGUAGCGGCAGUAGCGGCGGCAAAGCGGUGACCGACGCGGUAGAAGUUGAAGCCGGAGACGAGGUUGCGUGCGAAACGGGCGCGGUUCACAGGCCUGUGGGACCUGAAGGUAUCGGACCUCCGCAGGGCAGGGGCUCGGACGCGCGGAUCGUGAACGGGCACAGGGAGAACGUGACCGUCUCGCACGCCCAGGCGGACGCCGUCCCCGCGCCCCGGGAGAGCGACAAGGAGGCCGCCGCGGCGGAAAUCGACAACGUCGACGGAAAGGCCGAGGAAAGCGCGGCGAGUCCCUCGCAGAAGGGCGUCAAAAGACCGGAGGUGGAGUCGUCCGGCUACGGGGCGACCUCGGGGCGGCCCUUCGUUCGGCCGCCGCCCUCGGCGUACCUGGACGAGUGCUACAUCAGCAUGCCAAAGCGCAGGAAGUCGUCGCCGGACGACCCCCGCUCCUCCAAGGAGCCGAGCGGCUCCAGCGUGGAGGCCCCGAGGCGACGCUGCUCCAAGUGCUUCUCCUCGUUCGGAUGCGAGGAGGCCCUGCAGAGCCACCUCUCCCUCAACAAGUGCACGUCUCUCUUUGGCUUCGACUCGGACGAAGAAAGUGCCUGGUAAAAACAAAAGAAAAAAGAUGGAGCCAAGCCUCCAGGAGAGGACAGGGUGCAAGUGGCCGGCCUUCCCCUAAGGGGUUAAACCAACUUCCAUAUGGCCCUGAUGGAUAGGCCUUUCUCUCGCAGCCCCUCGGCCAGCAGAGCAAGCAAAUGUGCGGACUUGAGUUCCUACUACGGCUCAGCCGUGGCAAUAGAGGGACUGAAACGCAACAACCAUACCCGCAUCACCAGAGAGCCACUUUGGGGCCUCCCACUGAGCUCUUAAGCAAUGGAACUCGCGCCAUGGGGAACUCUUUGUGUGUGGAGUCAUUCUCUGGUAAAAACACUAUGGCAAUUUGGCAAUUUUAAUUUGCCCUACAGUCAGGACACAUUCCCAGUUUUAAGAAGUGCCUGGACCAUAAUGUUCAACUUCCUGCAAUAUUUAUUGUGAGUGGUUCAGGAGCUUGGCCGUAUGGACAAAUUUUUUUUUCUUUGUCUUACUACUUUAGAGGCCGAGAGGACUCGGCCUGUUGUAUAAAGACGGCCUUUGGAGAUUCAAUAAAGACUUCAUCUUACGA